UGAGAAAAAAAAAAAAAAGCAAAAGCCAAAAGGUUAUUUGGCCCAUUCCAAAUCACGACCUCAUUUCAAUUGAAGGCCCCAUUCCAAUUCGCCCUGUAGCCUACAAGUCUUCUGUCUUCACAGCUCCACUUGACAAUCUCCGAAUAACGGCCUCAUUUUACAUGUAUAUAUAUAUUAUGUGUAUGGGCUUGAGGCCCCAUAAUUUUGGAGGCCCUGUGCUGUGGGUCUGGCCAGCACAGGGCCUGGGCCGGGCCUGGAAAUCAUCAUUGUACAUGUAUUAUAUUAUAUGGAUCGUGUCAUUUCAGAGGCAACUCUGGCAUUGCUGGAUGGAAUCACUUUCCGAAGGCAGCAGUGGCGGAUCCAGGGGGUGGCCACCCCUGGCCCCGGCCCCGGCCCAGCCCUCCUUUAGAUCCAUAGUUAGUAUAGUACUUAUGAAUUUUUCGAUUUUAGGCAUUCGGCUUAGUGUGAUUUUAUAAUAAAAUUGGGUAUAACUAGAAAAAUGAUUCAGAUGACCAUAUUCUAAUCACUACUCUAAAUUUAGCCUUUAAAUUUUAGCCCCAAAGAUUAUGCAUAUAAAAAAAACAAUGAAAACUAAAAUUCUAAAAGUUUGAAACGUAAAACACUAAAAGAAAUAUGAGGUUUGUUCCCUUGAAAACUUACUAGAGCAGUUGGUGGAUGCAGGGAUUGACACACAAUGCCAAUUGAUUAGUCGAUUGAUUUGUCUAGUGUUAAUGCUGCUCGUUUCAAUAGCUACUACGAAAAGAACAUUUUCAACAAUGAAAUAUGUGAGAACUGAUUUGCUCAACAAAAUGAGCGAUGGAUUUCUUGCCGAUUGCUCAAGUAUUUUAUUUGAAACAGUGUAUACUAUUGGUAUUGAUGUAGGCUCCAUUAUUGAGGCAUCACUAAAUUAAAAUACCGUCGUGUACAAUUAACAUUGGAAAAAAUUAUAAUCAUUAUGUUUUUUUACUAUUCAAUUUUCUAAUGAAACUCGGCCCAGUACUCUUCUGUGUUCUGGAUCCGCCGCUGGAAGGCAGGAGGAUAUCACAGAGAUUGUUUUGGGAGGAAGGCUGGUUCCUGGUUGUUCUUCGAAUUUCGACAGCUAAUGGGAUGUACUGGUCGGAUGUUGUCGUCAGAGUUGAUAGAGAUGCUAUUAUCAAGCAGAAAGCAGCGCUGAAGCAGUCACUUGUUCGUGUAAUAGAAGCAAAGCUUCCUAAUUAUCCUCCUCCUACGCGAGCCGGAUCCACUCUGACGAUAGGGAGCCAAGCCCCCCGAGUGGACGAUUCGAAGCGGGAGCUCUUCAAGAAAGUGAUCUCGUACAUGACGAUAGGGAUCGACGUCUCGUCCCUCUUCGGCGAGAUGGUGAUGUGCUCCACAACUCCGUGACGCCGGAUAUCGUGCUGAAGAAAAUGUGGUACCUCUACGUUGGCAAUUACCUCCUCCUCCACCACGAUCCCGAUCCAGGGAAGUCGGUGAAGCUCGUGACGAGCCGGAUCCACUCCUACACGAGGCUGUUCAUCAAUCAGGUGGUGGCUAAACAGUGGGAUAUUAGUAUUGGGAAUUAGAAGAAAUUACGAUUUUUUUUAUUUAUUUUAAAUAAAAGUGAUAAUGAGGUGGAAACGAUAUGACAAUUUUGAAAAAAUUAAUUUUAUUAUUUUUAAAUUGUCACGUCACACAUUUAACGGUCAAGUUUUAGAGUUGAUCGCCACGUAAGCAAAAGCUAACGGAGUUGGACGGCAGAGUGACCAAACAUGAAUGAUUUCAGUAAACUGAAGUACCACCAAUGGAUUUAAAUAUUUCGAGUGACCAAACUUGAACAUUUUUUGUAAUCUCAGUGAACAACCAUGCAAUUAACCCCUUUAAAAAUAUACCAAAUAUUUCUUUAGUACAAUUGGUAAUGAAUGUUAUCUUUGUUU